AUGGGGGUGGGACCCCGCCUGCAGCAGCAGCAGCAGCAGCAGCAGCAGCAGCUGCGGCAGCACUGGAGUUUGCUGUUCUUGCCCCUCUUUUUUCUGCUGCUGCUUUGCUGCAUGCAGGAGGCCCUGUGUGAAUGUUUGCUGCUGCGUUUCUCUGUCUCUCCUGUCUCAUCUCGCAGCAGCAAAAGCUGUGCCUUUGCUGCUGCAGCGGGGCCCCCUUGGCGGCGUUUCUCUCUUCCUGCUGCAGCUGCCUGCCAGCAAGGGGGCCCCUCAACUGAAGCAGACAUUAAUAAAGAAGAUAAAAAUAAGAGUGUAUAUACAGCCCGCGCAUCCGAACAACAGGGGGCCCCCAUCAAGGGGGCCCCCAAGUGGCAGCCGUAUCCUUUUCAAGAAGUAGAAAAACGCUGGUUGAAGUACUAUGCAAAUAAUUGCAGCGAAUUCUCUCCUCCUCUUCCCUCACAACAUAAUCCAAACACUAUUGAAACAUACUGCAGCAGCAGCAGCAGCAGCAGCAGAAGCGAUACCAGCAGCAGCAACAGCAAUAGCAACGACAGCAGCAGCAGCAGCAGCAGCGACAGCAGCAGCAGCGACAGCAGCAGCAGCAGCAGCAUUAGGGAUCCAUCAGGGGUUGGUAAGUACUACGUUUUAUCGAUGAUUCCUUAUCCUUCGGGAAGUGGUUUGCAUAUGGGGCACUGCUAUACAUACACCCUAGCAGAUGUAGCAGCACGGUUUCAGCGUUUGCUGCUGCGAGCUGCACUACAUAAAGAAAGGAGGGAAAGAAGAGAAACAAAACAACAACUCACAAAGAGCAGCAGCAGCAGCAGCAGCGACACCAGCAGCAGCAGCAGCAUUAGCAGCAGCAGUAGCAGCAGCGGGAAGGAGAAGCGAAACGCGCAGCAACAACAGCAGCAACAACUGCAACACCCACCACACCCACAGCAGCAGCAGCAGCAGCAGCAGCAACAGCAACAAGAGAAGCCGCUGCAGCCUGACGUGCUGCACUGUAUGGGCUGGGACUCCUUUGGUCUCCCAGCGGAGCAGCACGCGAGGGAGCGAGGAGAGCCUCCUUCGAUAUCUGUUGCAGCAAACAUAAAAGCAUUUAAGCAGCAGCUGCAGCAGCUCGGCAUCAGUGCCGAUUGGAGACGAGAAAUCAAUACUUGCUGCCCGACCUUCUUCAAAUGGACUCAGUGGAGUUUCUUACAAAUGUUUAAAAGGGGGCUCGCCUAUCAAACAAAUGCAUACGUCAACUGGUGCCCCGCACUCGGUACGGUGUUAGCGGAUGAGGAAUUGACUGCUGAGGGUUUGAGCGAGCGAGGGGGUUUCCCAGUAGAGCGUCGUCUGCUGCAGCAGUGGCAUCUAAGGCUUGGGGUGUACGUUGAGCGUUUGUUUGAAGGAUUAAAAGAAAUAGACUGGCCUACAGAUGUCUUACAAAUGCAGAGGCAUUGGUUGGGAGACGCAGAAGUAGCUCUGCUUCAAGAAUAUAUCAAACAAAAUAAACGCAAAAACGAGGAAAGACAGAUGCUUGGCUGCAGCAGCAGCAGCAACAGCAGCAGCAACAGCAGCAACGCAAACAGCAGCACUAGUACCACCACCACCAGCAGCAACAAUAGCAGCAGCAGCAGCGGCAGCAACAGCAACAGCAACAGCAGCACGCAGGGCCUAAAGGGGUUCUUCACUGGGGUGUACGUACACCACCCUGUAACGCGUGCGAAGAUGCCGGUAGUGGUAACAGACGCAAUCGAGCAGCUGCAGGAGUUUGGCUAUCAGCUAACUGCAGCAGAUUUGCUGCUGCUAGCUCCGCUGCAACAGCAGUUUGCUGCUCCUCUCGCUGCUGCAGGCCUGGUGCCGCUCUCCCCAACAGCAACAGCAACAGCAACAGCAACAGCAACAGCAACAGCAACAGCAACAGCAACAGCAGAAACAGCUGCAGAGGCAGCAGCGCAAGAAGCUGCAGCAGCAGCAGCAGCAAGAGAGGAAGCUGACAGGUGGCUUGCUGCUAGCAGCAGCAAAAAGGAGAUAGUUCGAUACAGGCUGAGAGAUUGGCUCUUCAGUCGUCAGAGAUUCUGGGGGGAGCCGAUCCCUGUGCUGCGUCGCUGCAGCAGAUGCACGAAAGAAGCAACAAAAGAUGCAGCAGCAGCAGCAGCAGCAGCAGCAGCAAGAGGUGCAGCAGCGCAAGAAGCAGCAGCAACAGAUGCAGAGACACCUGAAGUGCUGCCCCUUAACGAGGCAGAUUUACCUCUAACCCUCCCUCCAUUCCGCCCGGAACUCACAGCCAACUACUCAGCAGCAGCAGCAGCAGCAGCUGCUGCUGCUGCUGCUGCUAAUGACGCUUCUGCUGCUGGCAGCAGGGAGGCCCUGGAGCCCGUAGCAGCACUCAGCAGGUAUAAAGAUUGGGUCACCGGCGUCUGUCUCGCAUGCAACCCAAAAUACACACACAAAGACAAACAAAUUAGUAAUUCAGCAGUCCCUGGAAGGGCCUCGGGGGGGCCCCCUCAGGGGGCCCCCCAGAGAGAGGAGGGCCCCCCUGAGGGCUCCCUUAGAGUUGAGGGUUCUCCUGGAGGGGCCCCCAGGGGGGCCCCCGUUGGUGAGGGGCCCCCAAAGGGGGUCCCUAAUGUUAAGGAGGGGCCCCCUGUGGGGCCCUCUGUUAGUGAGGGGCCCCCUGGGGGCCCCCCUGUUAGUGAGGGGCCCUCUGGGGUGCCCCCCGUUGGUGAAGAGGGGGCCCUUGGGGGGCCCCCUGCUAGUGAGGGGGCCCCUGGGGGGCCCCCUGUUAGUGAAGGGGCCCCUGGGGGGCCCCGUGUUGGUGUUUCUUCAGGUGGGGUUGUGGAGGGGGUCGCCGAUUUGAAUAGUUUUUUUUGUUAUCACCGGGAGACAGCGACAAUGCCUCAGUGGGCUGGCAGCAGUUGGUAUUACCUUCGAUUCAUCGAUCCCUUUAAUGAAGGGGCCCCCGCGGGGGGCCCCCUACUUCGCUAUUGGCUUCCUGUUGAUCUUUAUAUUGGAGGAAGAGAGCAUGCAGUCACCCACCUCAUAUAUGCAAGGUUCUGGCAUAAGUUUUUAAAAGACAUCGGAGUUGUACACGAAGAGGAGCCGUUCAGGUGUCUCCUCACCCCUGGUGUUAUAUUAGGGGCCCCCCGUCAUUUUCUGCUGCGUAGAAUUGAUACAGGGGCCCCUGUUGAUGCUGCAGAUGUUCGCCUUGAUCCUGCUGCUGCUCCUGCUGCUCUUGCUGCUGCUGCUCCUGCUGCAGCUGCUGCUGCUGCUGGCGGUGAGCCCAUUGAGCAGUCUCCGCCAGCAGCAGCUGCAGCAGCAAAAACAGCAACAGCAGCAUCAGCACCAGCACUAACAGAACCAGCAACAGCAACAGCAGCAGCUCCUGCUGCUGCUGCUGCUAGCAUGCAGAAGACCCCCUGCGGUGUUCACCUGCCUUCUGGCGUUGCUGUUUAUAAGGAAGAGAUAAACAGCAAUUCAUCUCUUAUAAAACAAAUUAAUCGAAGGGGCUGGGCCCUCUUCAUUCCCAAUAAAAACAGCAAAACAACAGCAGCAGCAGAAGCAGCAGCAGCAAAGCCACUUGCUUCAGAUAUAGCAGCAGCAACAACAGCAACAGCACCAACAGCAGCAGCACCACCAGCAACAGCAGGAUCCCCAGCAGCAGCAGCAGCAGCAGGGUCUCCAGCAGCAGCAGCAGCAGGAUCCCCAGCAGCAGCAGCAGCAGCAGGAUCCCCAGCAGCAGCAGCAGCAGCAGGAUCAGCAGCAGCAGCAAAAGGAGGAUCAGGAGAUGCAGCAUUGAAAGAUGCAUGCAAUGAAGGCCGUUAUUAUUUGCUGCUGAGUGUAUAUGAGAAGAUGUCGAAGUCAAAGAAUAACGGUGUGUCUCCUGAUAUGCUUUUUAAGCUGCACGGUGCCGAUGCUCUAAGAUUGCAUUUGCUGUCUCUAGGCCCUGUCUCCUCUACGAAGGUGUGGGGUUAUCAAGGAAUUAAAGGCGCACACAGACUGCUGCAAAGACUUUGGAAUAUGAUAACAGCAAACCCCAACAGCAGCAGCAGCAGCAGCAGCAACAGCAGCAGCAGCAACAGCAGUAGGUGCAGUAGCAGUAGCAGCAACGGCGGCAGCACCUGUAACAGCAGCAGCAACAACAAUAGCAGCAAUAGCAAUAGCAACAGCAGCAACAACAAUAGCAGCAGCAGCAGCAGCAGCAGCAGCAGCGACUUCGAAGGAGUUGGUGGUGAUGGUGUUACUGCUGGUGGGGUUGUUGCAGCACCUAUGAGUCGCGGGGAGUUGCUGCUGCUGCUGCCGCUUUUAAAAAGAGUAACUAGCAGCUUAAAACGCAUGCAAGUGAAUAGGGCUGUUGCUGCUCUUAUGGAGGGGACACGAUUGCUGCAGCAGCAGCAGCAGCAGCAAGGAGGCUGUCUGUCUGUAAGCAGCGUGCAGGUGCUGCUGCUGCUGCUGCACCCACUCGCCCCCUUUAUAACAGAAGAACUCUGGAAGAUAACAGCAGCAAAAUAUCCUUCUUUCUUUUCUUUUGCGAAGGAGACAAUUGCUGCAGCAGGGGAGUGGCCGGAGGAGCUGCUGCAGCAGCAGCAGCAGCAGCAGCAGCAGCAAGCAGCAGCAAAGGAGACACAAGAUAAUGAAAAAGAGACAGAGACUGCAUGCGUUCAGGUGUCUGUGCAGAUCAACGGGAAGCACAGACUGUCUCUGCAGCUAACAGCGAAGGAGACAGAUACACCCCAAAGUCUUAUAGCAGCAGCAGCAAAAGCUGCUGCUGUGCAGCAGCGUCUCCAGAGAGAAGCAGCAAAUAAUCAAACACUCAGCAGCAUAUUCGCAAAGCCAGAGGCUCGCGUUGUUAACUUCAUAUUCAAACCUAAACCCUAA